AUGGAGCAAGACAACAGUUUUAAUUGUUUUAAGGAAGCUAUGAUGGAUAACAAGAUUUUAGUGGACCCUCGGCCGAACCGCAGAGGUUUGUCAAAGGAGGAAUACACGAGAGUGAUGCAAGAGUUGGUAUUUGAGAGCGAGGAUAUGCUGCGUGAGAAAGGAUUAUUCAAAACGCCUGAUGUGAGGCUAUUACUAUCUAUUGGUGUGAAGGAUUCGAACACGGGUCAAUUGCAUGUGAUUACUUGGACCGAUAGCAAGGCUAUUUGUGUUGCAGCUGCAAGGAUUGUGAACCGUUAUGGACCCGGAAUGGUAAUUUACUGGUUUGGCUACGUUGCGCAGCUCAGUUUCAAUGGUGGUAUUUUCAUCACUGAUUCAUUUCCAUCACACAUCUUGCUUCCUGGAGAUUUUGACCCUGUUGCAUCUGUCACAAAGUUCAGAGAGGGUGUUGAAGUGAAGCUGCAGCCUGCAAAGAUCCAGACGGACUUUGAUAACGACUGGAUUCUCAUUACCACUUGCGAGUUGUAG